UCUUUGCUUCCACUUGAUUCUACAUCAUCUCAUACUAUACAUUCCUCCACACCCUUUACUCAACCGCACCAACAGCACUAUCUUCAACAACAGCACCUGACCGCACCCAUGAUGGGUCAUCGACGUCGAGUAAGUACGGGAUCACCAGUAUGUUUCGGAUCGGAUGCGCUGACUAUGGAUGGCAUGCGAUCUUUUGAUGCAAAUAGAAACCAACAUCUUAAUGUUAUGACCAUGCCAGACCCAUCAGGAACUAUCUUGCAUCACGCAUCGCUUACACCCAAUUCACCAUUUUCUAUUGGAAGUUAUCCACAACGCGAUGGGCUUCAUCCAGGUGUUGCAAGUAUGGGGUCUCACAUCUCCAACGGGUGUGAGGUUGGACAUAAUGGGUUUUUGGGAAUGGCUCGGUCAGGACUUGAAGGAUUGUAUACAUCACCCAUGAAAGAAUGUGAUUCUCCUUUGCCUAUGCAUACCAACACGGCAGUCAACGCAUCAGCCUUUCUGGGUUUUAAUCUACCUAAUGGUGCAAGUCCAAGUCAUGGCGGAUACACGCGUGGGUUCAGCAACGAUUCAUCGGUUCAGCAAAAUGGAUCCAUUCAGUAACGUUGCUUGUAGGUGUUGCCGUACAUUCUGCUGCAUGGCUCUUUCCAUUCCUCACAUGAUCAAAUUAACCAAUAGUCGUUUUACUCAAUCUUUUAGUUUUGAAUCCUGUAUAUUUUGAAGAGGUUGAUUUAUAGCCGUAUUUACGUAGAAUGAAACACUUUUUAUUUAUCUUGCAGUGAUUCCUCUUGCUUUGAAAUAAACAAUGUUUACAUAUUC